GAUGCGCGCGCACUCUCGCACUCGCCCUCCGACCGGCUUAUCACAGAUCGCAACAUGAAGAAGAAGAAGGCACCUUCGACAGAAACAUGAGCGAUCAGAAAACAACUGUGGAAGAAAAACCUUUAAAAGAUAAUAAAAAUGAAUUUAAAACCAAAACGCUUUAUGAGAAAAUAUGUUAUAUCAAACAAAACAUCACUGUUGAACCAAUAUUUGCUGGACUCGUUAUAGGAUCCAUGCUUUCCAGAAUAGCAAUACAAAAUCUUAACUUGGAUAAAACGUGCAGAGUGAAACAAGAUUAUGGAGAUUUUGUUUGUGAUGAACUUAUUGAAAGAAAAGGUAACCAUACUGAACAAGAAGGAGAGAUUCAGAAGAUAAUAUCUCAAAUAGAAACGUGGAGGAGUGUAAUACAGACUGCAGUGCCUACCUUGCUUGUGAUUUUCAUGGGUGCUUGGAGUGACAGGACAGGGAAUAGAAAGUUUUGCAUACUAUUGCCGGUGGCAGGAGAGAUCCUCGUUUGCUUAAGCAAUAUACUCAGCACUUACUUUUUCGACGAGAUUCCUGUAGAAGUGACAAUGUUGCUUGAAUCUAUAUUUCCUGCUGUUACUGGUGGAUGGGUUAUGAUGUUUCUUGGAGUCUUUAGUUACAUUAGUGACAUCACAACGGCAGAAUCCAGGACUUUCCGGGUUGGCUUGGUUAAUCUUUGCAUGACAUGUGGCAUUCUCGUCGGUACGUCGUUAAGUGGAUUUCUCUUGAAAUUUGGCGGAUACUAUGGAGUAUUUAUUAUAACAGGCAUCUUGAAUUUAGCUAUUGCUACGUAUGGAUGUAUAUAUUUGAAGAAAAACACUAAACCUGAUCAUGAUGUAGAUGAGAAGAAAGACCCUAUGACAGUCAAAUACCUUAUCACGGUGCAGAAAGAGACAGCUUCAGUUGUAACCAGAAAACGGGAAGGCAAUAUUAGACUGAAGAUCAUAUUAACGCUCAUAGUUGUAGCGAUGGCUUAUGGUCCGAAUCACGGAGAAUCUAAGGUGUUAUAUUUGUUUCUGCGAUACCGGCUCAACUGGGAUGCAGUGAAGUACAGCCUAUAUUCUACGUGCAACAUAAUGACGCAUUCUUUAGGUGCUCUCUUCUCUAUCAGCGUGUUCAGUAAGCAGUGGGGCUGGGAUGAUUCCGUGCUGUGUCUCAUCUCCAUCGUGAGCAAGAUGGUCGGCUCCGUCUUCAUUGCAUUUGUCGCCACGGACUUCCAAAUGUAUAUGGUUCCUUUCGUUGAAAUACUAAACGCCACGACGUUUACAUCAUUAAGAUCAAUGGCUUCGAAAUUAGUGCCUAGUCAAGAAAUGGGUAAAAUGAACUCCCUCUUCAGUCUCGUGGAGACGCUGGCGGCGUUGGCAUUCGACCCCACAUACACGUUGCUGUACGGGGCUACCAUGAAGACCUUCACUGGCGCCGUGUUUCUAUACAGCGCGUGCAACACCUUACCGGCGAUAUCGAUACUAAUAUGGUUCUUCAGACAACAUCGCCUAGAAGUGAAAGAAAAAAAAACUGAAAUUAUUACUCAGAAGCUUGACGCCAUUUGUACUCCUACGCCCGAGAAAUCAGUCUGAAAUACUUAUUAUACUACUUACAUUA